AUGCGUGCCUACUUUCUCGCUGCCCUGGUGGUCGGCGCUAAUGCUGCCGUGCACAAGAUUAAUGUCGGUCAGGGUGGUCUGACUUACACCCCGGACUCGGUCAAGGCCGAAGUCGGUGACAUUCUGGAGUUCUACUUCGUCGGUGGCAAUCAUGAUGCUGUGAUGGCGGACUUUGAUACGCCCUGUGCGCCCUCUACUACCAGGGAUGAUGCCUUCUCUUCUGGUGUCAUUCAGGGUACCCCGAAUAACAAAAACGUCUUCCACGUUACCGUAAACUCUACCGAGCCCACCUUCUACUACUGCUCCGUUGGUAUGCACUGCGCGAACGGCAUGGUUGCCGCCAUCAAUCCCUCCGACGAUCAGACUGUCGACGCCUACCGAGCCGCAUCCAAGGGCAAACAGCCCAAGGCCCCGACCGGCGUCUAUGGCGGAGAGUUUGGCGACCCCCUCCCUUAA